AUGAAUGGAUUAAAGAAUAUAUCGGAGCCGCACAGAUCACCUUCGGAGGUCCAAUUUUACGAUAAAUUGGGUGCGGCUACAAGGGUUGAAUGUACCUCUAUUAGUGGCUCGACCGAAUCCUUGAAGAAUACUUUGGGGGGUGCACUGAAAAAUUACCUUGGAUUUAAGGGUUCGGAAGACAAUAUCGCCAACGCUUACUGCCUUGCAUGUCAACGGAACGAGCACGUAUACCACAACGGCGAACCCUGUUAUUUUUUUUACUACUGGUUAGGAGAUACAUACUGGAACAAGGCACGGAAGGAUGAUUUGUCGGGCGCCCUGGAAGCAAUUUACACUACGCUGGGAAGUAAGGUUCAUGGAAAAAAGUGUAAUGUUAAAUACGACGAUGUUGACAAGGACCUCUUCCUUAAGAGGAAAGUAAUAUUUGACUAUUAUUACAACUAUAAAACUGAAAGAAAGAAGUUUCUGAACAACGAGAGCAACUGUAAUAAUGAUUGGUUCAACUACCGAGAGACAAUUAUUACAGCAUGUAAGGCUGUGGAAAAGGAUUGCGAAGCAGGGAACAGUAAGAAUAGUCUAUAUUGUAAGGACUUUAAAGAUAAGUACGAAGCUUACUGCGAAAUAGUUCAACAACUACAAUGGACAUGCAAUCAAAUAUCUAAUUUGAAAGGAGCUGUAGAGGAAGAAAAAACGACAUGUUCCUCUGCAAAGGAUCAAUUACAGAACCAAAUCACGCAGGAAAAAAAAGCAGCAUCCUCUGCAGCAAAAACAGCAGCUUCCAAAGCACAAUCAAACUUAAGUGAAGCCGUAAGUAAAGCCACCACCACCACUGCUCUUUCUUCCAUCUUUGGUACCUUAGCAAUGACCACCGUUCUUCCUUUUCUAUUAUAUAAGUAUAAACCAUGGUCUUUUUGGUUUGGUAACCACACUUCUGGAAAUGGAGGAGGAAGAAGAAAAAGAAGAAGAAGAUCAGUCGGGCGUGACAUUGAUACAUUAACGGACGAUUCAACAACAUACUCCAUACUGGACAAUUCUACCGAAAAUUCCACCGUAAGUUCUGUUGCAUACAACACAAGACCGUCUACCAGAGAAAGGGAAGGAAGAAAUAAUAAUGAGGGGGGUCGCGGGAUGGUAGGUUAUCAAAACAUGUAA